UUCAAAACUUCGAAACACGCUUUGGUUGGUUGUCCGAAGACACGUGAUCAACGGUCGCGGGAAGUGUUUGCCACGCGCGUGAUAGGAAGAGGCUAGAUUUUGACUCAUUCAAACUUUUUUUUUUUGGUAAACAUUGGUUUGAGUUUAGUGCGGAAAGACAUAUUUUGGGGUUGGUAAACCAUCAAGGAGGCGGUUACUGAUACCGAUACUCUACUGGAGCCGGGAGUAUUUGUUUUUUUUGUUUUUUUCAAUACUUGGGAUGAAUACAAGCUAACUCCGGGGCCAUUUCUCAUCGUUGGAUGGGCGUGUAGGAGUUAGCAAACAAAAUACGCUAACUUUUUUUUUAAAGAUGGUAACGGAGUCUUAAGCGUUUCGCAGUAGUUGUUGACGUUUUUGAAUUUACCUUUAGUUCAAGGUAGUUAAAAGUUGACUGGUUUUGUGUUUUGCGAGAAAGGCCACUCAACAGUAGUAGGGGUAGAACCGCGUGUUUUUCCCGUCGACCAAGCCGGGGUUUAAAUCUUGAAAAUGUCGACCUACAGUCGUCAUCGGCACAGAACCCCCUCCCCAAAAACUCUGCCAAUUCGUCAAAAACUACAAUUCACAACCAGCGACGGAGAGGAUGAGCCCAUUGAGGACGUUAAUAACAGCACAGGGGGAGAAUCUGGCUUCACGGAGAUGGAUUCCCCGAUGCCAGUGCGACGGAACAACACCGACAAACGGAUGGAAGGGAGCAGCAGCCCCCUGAAUCAGUCCGGUGGGGACGACGACGUGGAGCUGUGGGACGAGGAGGGCUUUAGUUCCCCGUCUCACCUGCAGUCCCGGGGCAGUGAUAUGUUUGCUAACUGCUCACCGUCACCGAGGAAAAGUCCUCGCCUGUACAGAGGGUCACCGGAGCGUUCCUACAUCCAGGACGACGGGGAAGGAUCCAGCUCCCCGGUCCCGGACUGCCCCGACACACCUCCGCACAAAACCUUCAGAAAACUGCGCCUUUUUGACACACCGCACACGCCAAAGAGUUUGUUGUCCAGGGCUAGAGGCUCUGGUCCGGGAUCCUCCAACAGGAGAGUUGCCCUGUUCAAGAAUGUGGAGUCGUCAGGAAGGUCAAUCACAGACAAGGGCAGGAGACAGCAGACCCCUCUGGUCAACUUUAACCCCUUUACCCCCGACUCCCUCCUCAUCCAGUCUGCUACACAGCAAAGAAACAACAGGAAGCGGGCACACUGGAAUGACUCUUGUGGAGAAGACAUGGAACCAAGUGACGGUGAAGGAGAGGAAGAAAUUCUACCACCACCCAAGAGGCUCACCAUGAUGGAAAGCAACAUGAUGUCCCGGUACACGUCAGAGUUUCUUGAGCUGGAGAAAAUUGGUUGCGGACAGUUUGGUGCCGUGUUCAAGUGUGUGAAGCGACUCGAUGGCUGCAUUUAUGCCAUCAAGCGAUCAAAGAAACCUCUGGCAGGAUCAGUAGAUGAGCAGAAUGCUUUACGGGAAGUGUAUGCCCAUGCUGUGCUGGGCCAGCAUCCCCAUGUCGUGCGUUACUACUCAGCCUGGGCCGAGGACGACCACAUGCUCAUCCAGAACGAGUACUGCAACGGUGGCACGCUAUCCGAUGUCAUCGCAGAGAACUACAGACAGCUCAGCUACCUGUCAGAGUUGGAGCUGAAAGAUCUGCUGCUACAAGUCACUCGAGGACUCAAGUACAUCCACUCGACUUCUCUGGUGCACAUGGACAUCAAGCCCAGCAACAUCUUUAUUUCACGGAAAUCUGUAACAAGCUGUGACGAGUGUGAUGAGGACGAUGGUGUGACCACCAGCGUUGUCUACAAAAUCGGUGAUCUCGGUCAUGUAACAAGAGUGAUCAAUCCACAGGUAGAAGAGGGCGACAGCCGAUACUUGGCCAACGAAGUUUUACAAGAGGACUACAGUAACCUGAUGAAGGCAGACAUCUUUGCUCUGGCUCUGACUAUUGUCAGCGCCUCAGGGGCGGAGCCUCUUCCAACCAAUGGAGACAAAUGGCACGAGAUCCGAAAGGGAAAACUCCCCCCCAUCCCUCAAGUGCUUUCUCCAGAGUUUCUUAGUCUCCUCAAGCUGAUGAUCCACCCUGACCCAACCAGAAGACCAUCGACCUCGGACCUCAUCAAACACCCCGUGCUCCUCACUGCUGCCAGAAUGAGUGCAGAGCAGCUCAGGGUUGAGCUCAAUGCGGAGAAGUUCAAGAACACCCUACUUCAGAAGGAGCUGAAGAAGGCUCAGCUGGCCCGAGCUGCAGCAGAGGAGAAGGUUUUGUCCACAGACAGGAUCCUGACCCGCUCCACAGUCCAGUCCAACCCCAGAACCUCCAGACUCAUCGGAAAGAAGAUGAAUCGGUCAGUCAGCCUCACCAUCUACUGAGACGCUGAUCCACCCUGACAGGAAGUGGAACACGAAGGCUCACGGACCUUUUAAUCAGAUCUGUUCAGUCAACAGUCAAAAGACUGUUGACUGAACUAUUUCCCUGUCAGUUGUGGAGUUAAAGCAGUAGACUGUUGCCAACUUGAACUUAUCUCGACAGACUCUUAUUGCCAACAUAGUUCAGUUCAUUUCUCAAAGGUAGUUUCUGUACCUUUUACCUUGGUCAUUCUUUAAGUUUGCAUAGAUGCCAGGCUCUCUCUCUGUUUCUGUCCUCGCACUUCCCUCGACAAAGCCUCAGUGAAGCUUGCUCUCAUCAGUGUGAAUGUACCUGCCGUCACCACGCGCACCUUACUGCCUGUCAAACGCCCGAUGCUGCGUACCAGAGGGUCUGAGAACUGGUUUCUGUGUUUGUAAUGGAGCACUUUGGAGGCAACACAAGGAACUUGCUGCAUUUUUUUUUUUU